AUGUUGCGCAAAUUAUAUGAUGAAGAACAAAUAGAGGAAGAUAAAUUUGAAGAAGAGGAGGAAGAAGAUUCCGGUCCCAUCUACGACACCGAUGGAGAAGGGGAAUUUUGUGAAAGAAUAAAUUUCUUGUUUGAAGAGGAAUUUAUUGAAAAAUUCACUUUCAUGGUUGGAGAUGAAAUUAUUGAAGACUCUAGCCCUAUCUACGAUAUUUAUGGGGAAGAGGAUCAUGAAGAAAUUGAAGAAGAAAUAAAUUUUGUGCUUGGAAACGAAAUUGAUGAAAAGUUUUUGAAAGAAAAAGAUUUUGUUGUUACAAACAAAAUUGUUGAAGAAAAGGUUGAAGAAUUCAAAGAGGUGGAGCAAGUUCUUGACCAUGACGAUGUGGUUGUGGUUAAGAAGGAUGAUGAUACUCGUCUUAUAACAAACCGUCUUUCUAAGAACCUAGAAGAAGGAGUGACCCAUCAAGUUCCAAGUUCCAAGCAAUUACGAGGUAGGGAGUUUAUAAUGCUUGGAUUCCUAUUCUUGUGGUGUACCUUUAGUUGGGAAGCCAUGUUAUUGGAACAUGUUGUUCAUCAACCCACAAGUACAAACCAUGAUCUAAUAUUUCAUAUGGCCAUUGUUAAUCCUUUAAAUUAUUUCAAGAAUAAUUUACUAGGUCCUAAUCUUGUUCAUGGGAGUGUACGAAAGUGGUUUUUGAUCCACAAAUGGAAGACACGGUUAGGAUUUCAUUUGGCGAGUUCUUUUAGCUAUUUGAAGAACAUGUGUUUGUAUGGGAGAACAACAAAAUUUGGUUCUUACUGA